CUCCACCAAACACCAUACCUGUACAGCUUAGGCUUUUAUAAAGUUCCGCCUUCCCAAGUGCAUAUAUCUUCUGCGGUCUUCAUCCGCAGACUGGCCCAAGACUCUACUCCUCAUGAUGGACGGUAAAAACAGCAUCGGAAGGAAGGUAUCAUUGCUCAACGACGACUCGCACACUGCUGCCGUGCUGCACCGUCUGCCGCCGCUGAGCGUCUACUACCGCCCCACGCACUCGCGCUCGCCAAGUUUGGCUUCGUCGACGCCCAGCGUUUCCCCACAAACACCCCGAUUGGUGAGAAGCGAAUCGUCGGAUUCCCGUGGCCUUCCACUUUCACCUCUCACACCACCCCCAACAUCCUUCGACCAUCCGCAUCACUCAAAGUCGGCCCACUCUCACUAUUUCGCCGGACCCGCCACCUCAUUUGCCAAAAUGGACGACUCGACGACUUCCGUCUACCCUCCGGUUCCGGACGCCCAGGCCAGUGCGCCUUACCCAAUGCCCAUCUCACAGGUCGCAUCAUCGACAAGCCAACACAUGCCGCAAACCUAUCGCAGCUCCAACUCGCCCGUCUCAGAGUCCUCCCGCGCUGCUCCGGCCGCCAAUAAAGCCUCGACCAAGAAGAACCACUACCCCUGCCCACUAGCGAAGCACUACAACUGCAGCGACUUCUUCACCACCUCCGGCCACGCCGCUCGUCACGCAAAGAAGCACACUGGCAAGAAGGACGCCUUCUGCCCCGAGUGUAACAAGGCCUUCACCCGCAAGGACAACAUGGAGCAACAUCGUCGUACGCACCAGAACGUCCGUGGUCCCUCGAAGACGUCGGUCGAUGGCCGUGUCAAGAAGUCGACAAAGCCUGCACCACGCAAGUCUAUCUCUGGUGCAAUGGAAGCUGCUGCCGUCGCUCACUUGGAAGAGCACCAACCACAACCACAACAUCAACAACCACCUCAACAUCAACACCAGUACCUUUCCACACAACAACCUAUCAUGUCCACUAGCCCUUACUACAUCAACCCAGACCCAAUCCAACCCCUGCCGCAACCAAUCUCAUCCGAUUUCAACACUAGACCUCCGCUCUACCGCUCCAGCUACCCCAGCUCUCUCGACUUUCUCCCUCCACAGGCCAGUCUAGUGCAAGACCCCGAUCUUCACUACAGCUACCCUUCUCCUGGUCUCUCAAAUGGCCUGGACACUCUUGCUCUGGCCGCAAGUGACCAUCGUCGCAUGUCUGGCGAAGACUCAUGCUAGAUUGUCUCCUGCCAUACCAUGGUCACGAUGCUCAUAUCACGAACUCUCAACGUCGGCACGGCUUCUCUUCCAUGUUUUGUCCUUUUGUCUUUUCCGCACGCACAUAUACCCAGUUUCGAUUCUGCCUUACCUUAUUUCCCCUAAUGCUGGCGGGGGACCUGCCCCAGAGGUUGACCACACUGACAAGCAAGAGGGACUUGCAAGUCUGGUCUCAUGUAUCACUAAAAGCAUUGUACGAGCGUUGGAGGUUUCUGACUUUUUCAUUUCUAAAGACUCACGAUGGCACGCAUGGA